CCGGUGUCUUUUGACAUCCUCGACACCAAGUUCAACAUGAUUCUAGGCAUGUCAAGGUUGCAUAGCGCUGAUCAUCCGGUGAACUUUCAUGACCGAACCGUUCACAUCCGUGAUCGGAACAGGGUGUUAGUCCCAUGUACGGUCGCGACCCCUCACACUUCGAUUGCUUGUCACGUGGUUCCGUUGCGAGAAUUCGUGACGCCAUUGCUCGGAAUGACGUCGAGGAGAUGGGCCUUGUAUUCUUGCAUGCUCUCCCCUCGCCGGACGGACCAGCCGCGUCACCGCCGGACCCACGCAUUUCUCACCUCUUGGACGAGUAUAGAGACGUCUUCGAGGCUCCCACCGGAACRGUUCCGGAUUGGCCCAUACGUCACGGGAUCACUCUCGAGGCUGGCGCCGUCCCUCCGCGUGGAUGUAUCUACCGCAUGAGCGAAGAGGAACUCGAGGUGCUUUGCGCACGACUCGAUGACCUUCUCAACAAGGGCUGGAUUCGCCCUAGUUGCUCGCCAUACGGUGCCCCUGUUGUCUUCGUCCGGAAGAAGAACAAAGAUCUACGGCUAUGCAUCGAUUAUCGGAAACUUAACGCACAAACCGUAAAGAACGCUGGCCCUCUCCCUCGGAUUGAUGAUCUUCUUGAGCGGUUAGGCGGCGCGACGUACUUCUCGAAGUUGGACUUGAAGUCAGGUUACCACCAGAUUGAAAUCCAGCCUCACGACCGGUACAAGACCGCGUUCAAGACGCGGUACGGGCAUUUUGAGUGGGUUGUCAUGCCCUUUGGCCUCACCAAUGCCCCCGUGACUUUCCAAGCAGCGAUGACGACUGAGUUUCGCGACUUGCUCGAUCGCAGCGUCCUCAUCUACCUUGAUGACAUCUUGGUUUACAGUAGGACGUUGGACGAGCACAUCAUACACCUUCGCGUUGUUCUGGAUCGUUUGCGACUAGCCAAGUACAAAGCGAAUCUCGACAAGUGCGAAUUCGCCAAGCAAGAGCUUGAGUACUUGAGUCAUUUUGUCACGCCGAAAGGCAUUCGUCCCUUAGCGGACAAGAUCCAAGCCAUCGUGGAUUGGUCGGAACCCCGUUCGCCCGAGCUCGCACGACUCCUGCACACCGGUUGGAUUACCAACCAGGGUGUUCCGAAAGACAUAGUGAGCGACCGAGAUACUCGCCUCAUGUCGACCUUUUGGACUUCCCUCAUGGCUGAGUCCGGUACGACAAUGAAGCCGAGCUCAGCUCGGCACCUGCAGACGGAUGGCCAGACGGAGCGAGCGCACCAGACCGCUCAGAUGAUGUUGCGUACGCUUAUCCGUCCCGACCAGAAAGAUUGGGUUGACCGGCUUCCCGACAUCGAGCUCGCCUAUAACACUUCGGUGCACCCGGCGAUCUGCGUCACACCAUUCGAGCUACAUCAUGGUGGAGAGAAAGCACGGAUCUUCGCUGAUCUACUUUUGCCACAGGCUGCCGACAUAGACGUCCCUUGCUCUCCCGCUUCCGUUCGGAAGUACCGGGACUUGCUGAUCAAAGCCCGCGCGAAUAUGCAAAAGGCUCAGAUCUGCAUGCACCAGCAGGCUAACCGAUGUCGACUUCCAUGUCCUUUCCGUGAGGGAGACCUUGUUUGGGUCCUCUCCGAGGAAUUUGCGCUCGAGCAGGACGUUUCGCGCAAACUCCUUCCGAAAUGGUUCGGACCAUGGGAAGUCACUUCUGCCGUUGGAGACGACCCCGCAGAUCCUUCCUUUGUGGUCAACAUUCCUCCGCACCUUCCAGUGCACCGGGUCUUCCACGCGUCGAAGCUGGCCAUCUACAUGCCACCUUCCGCCGACGAGUUUCCCGGACGUCGAUCACAGGAUCUACCUUCUAUGGGCGAACAUCAGGAAGUCGACCGAGUCAUCACGCAUCGCAAGUAUGACAACAAGCCAAUUCAGUUCAAAGUCACAUUCAAGCAAUGUGCGCCGGAUGACACUCGGUGGAUCUCCAGUACAGAUUUGCAGACUUCUGCACCCCUUAUCUUUGCCGACUAUGAGAAGCGACGCCUUGCUAAGGAAGCAGCUCGUCCUGCCCGACCCACCCCGAUAUCGGACAGACAACUUCGCCCUCGCAGGUAGAUCGGUCUUUUAAGAGGGGGAGUGUGUUACAUCUUCGACGCCACACGGGUCCUACCGGACCCGACGUAG